CGUUUCCAUAGAGACGCAGCACUCGGUGGCAAAUUCUCCCAAAAUGCUACCUGGAUGAAACAGUUGUACAAGUCCAUAAACAAGGACCAACAGUAGAGAUGUCUCAGUUGUCGGCUGAAGACGAAGCGGAGUUGCAGUCCCUGCUGAAGCAGCUUCUGAGAAGCAUCAACGACAGGAUCUCUGGAGCUCCGUCCACCGAAUGUGCUGAAGAGAUCCUCCUCCACCUGGAAGAGACUGACAAGAACUUCCACAAUUAUGAGUUUGUCAAGUAUCUCCGUCAGUAUGUGGAGAGCUCUCUGGGGACUGUGGUGGAAGAAGAGACCAAUUACCUGACCAGAGGAGAUGGACAACAUGCAAUAGGCUCAGGUCACGACACCCUGAUUCAUGCUAUCACCCGGAAGAGCAGAGACUCAGCAGAGUACCAGCAGAUGAUGCAGACUCUAAAAAACACCAUGAUCAUGGUGGUGGAGUCUUUAAUCAACAAAUUUGAGGAGGACCAGAUGAGGAAGGAGGAGAUACACAGAGAGCAGCAGCACAGCCAGGCCAACAGCCAGUACACCGACAACUGCUCCGACAGCGACUCCUCCUUCAACCAGAGUUAUGCUUUCAUCAGACAAGAGCAGCUUCAAGUUUUGGCUGAACAACUUGACUCCAGCCGACCAAAAGAGGUGCGUUGGGAAGCUCUUCAGGUUCUGUGCGGAGCCCCCCCCUCUGACGUGCUGAUCUGUGAGAGCUGGAGCAGCCUGCGCAGGAACCUCUGUGACGCUCUGACCGACCCCGACCUCAGCGAUAAUGUCCUGCAGUUUUUUGCUAAAAGCUUCUCCUCCUCUCCACUGAAUGUGACCAGAGAGAUCUACACCAGUCUGGCUAAAAGUGUGGAGUCAAGUUUCCUGUCUCAUAAGCUAAGCUUUCCAACGGGCUCAGCCACCAUCGACAUCAACAGACCUGAGAUCAGUCGCCUUCUCAAACAGAUGCGGUUGAUGAAUGAUUUUCAAAAAGAGGUGACAACGUUUUGGAUCCGCCAUCCUGAGAAGUACAUGGAGGAAGUUAUAGAGAGCACUUUCUCUCUGCUGUCUUUACAUCAUGAACAUGGCUCAGGUUCACCUGGGACAGAGAACGUCCUGGAACCCAUUCACCUGCUGGCCUUACUGGAUGUUAAAGCUACCUGGUUUAAAAAGUGGAUGCAUGGAUACUACAGCAGGACUGUAGUUCUCAGACUCCUGGAGAGAAAAUACAAGUCUCUGAUUGUAGCAGCCCUUCAGCAGUGUAUCCAUUACACUGAAUCCUGUGAACGUGUAACAAAUGAAACUGAUCCCCAGUCAGCGGAGCAGCAGGAACCCGGCUCAGUCCAGAGGAGUGUUUACACGGGAAAAGAGCUUGAGUAUGCUUUCUUCGUCCACUCGCUGUGUGUCCUGGGGAAACUGCUCAUCUACACCAACGGCAGGAAGCUCUUUCCCAUCACAGUGAAGAAGCGCAGAGAUCCAGUCAGCCUGACAGACCUGGUGGUCAUCCUGAUUAACAUCGUGUACCAACACCCCAAACCCCUGCACAGUGACCCCUCACACACAGACUCGCUGACGCCCAGCUGUCUGGCGAUGGAAGUGCUGUGGAUGCUGUGUGAGAGGACAGAGAGCGCAGCAGAGUGUCUCCACCAGACCGCUGUCAUAGAGACGCUGCUGGCUCCUGUCAUCGCUCUGCUCAAUGGACAGCAGGUGAAAUUAAAAUCUUCGGCAGCAACACUGCCUCUGAUCGCUGAUGUUCUGGCUCGCAUCGCAAACACCGACAGGGGAUUAUCUCUCUUCCUAUAUGAGAAGAAUCUCGUUGUAUCCAACAAUGAGAGAACUUUUCCUGCUCAUGUCAUCGUGCAGUUCACCCUCAUGCUGCUGGAGAAGGAGCUGUCCUCCCUGAGUGACUCUGACAUGUCCCAAACAUGGUGUGGAGCCUUUAUCUUCGUCUGUCGGCAGAUGUACAACACCUGUGAGGGUCUGCAGGUCCUCCGACCCUACAGCCUGCACAAAGCGGUCGCUGCUGCAUGGAAAAAGACCAGUUCUCUGUCAGAAAGGGUCCCAACACCGGUACCUGGAGCCACUGCUGGGACAUUCUCCCACAACAUCAGGCUCAUCUGGGAGGAGACGCUGUUGGACAGCCUGCUGAACUUUGCUGCAACUCCUAAAGGUCUGCUGCUGCUCCAGCAGACAGGAGCCAUCACUGAGUGCGUCUCCUACAUGUUCUCACGCUUCACUAAGAAACUACAGGUGAGCCGCUGUGAGAAGUUUGGAUAUGGCGUGAUGGUGACACAGGUGGCAGCAACCGCUCCAGGGGUGGCAGCUUUACACACUUCAGGUUUGGUCCGUGCACUAGUGGUAGAGCUGUGGUCUGUUCUCGAGUGCGGCAUUGAAGAGGUGGGGGUGGUCUGUCCCAGGCCCACACCCAUGGAGCCCAUAGACAGGAGCUGCCUUAAGUCCUUCCUCUCCUUGGUGAACCUGCUCUCCUCCUCCCAGGCAGUUUGGGAGCUGCUUGGCCGGCAGCCUCUUGCCAACAAAAGUGAAUACACCCUGAGAGAGAUGCCAACCUCCAUUCCUGAUAUGAUUGACAGGCUGAUUGCUGUGAAUACAGAUGCUAAGAUUCAUUCCCUGUUCCACUAUGAGCAGUCUCACACAUUCGGCCUGAGACUGCUCAGUGUGCUCUGCUGUAAUCUGGACUCCUUCCUGCUGCUGGAGAGUCAGUAUAACAUCGUGUCCAUGCUGCUGCAGAGUCAGAGGGAGAACGGCACCGAGCAGGACAAUGAUGGGGAGUUCAUCAUAGACAACCUGUCAGUGGAGAGGAAUCACGUUCUGGUUCGGGUUAGUGCGGUGGGCGGUCCGUCUGAGAGGAAGCUUCCUCCUCGAGCACUGCAAGAGGGUGAGGACCCUUACCCCUGGCCCAUGUUUUCAAGCUCCCCUCUACCCACCUGCUACACUUUGGACCCACCAAAGAUCCACCGUGACUCGCAGGACUCUGAGAUGAGUACAUUUCUGGCAUCUUUUAAAGACUCCAAGAAUGAGGCGAGCUGGAUGGAGGACUGCCGGAGACAGUAUUGCAAAAUGAUGACCUCCAAACCCAACGUCCUCACUGGAAAGGUGCUGGCUGACCUUCUGGAGAAGGUUGUGGCUCAUCUAUCCAGCUCUGCCUCCGAGUGCUUCUUCUCUCCGGCGCAGUACAAAGCUGAGGAGAAGACUGUGCAGAGUGCUGUAUUAUCAUCUGUGGAGCAGCUGGGGAUCAACACCUGUCUCAGAUACGGCAGCUACCUGAAGCUCCUGACAGAAGAUGCUGUGAGCGACCUGCCGCUGCUGAUGAAGAAUAUUAAGAUCUUCUUGUCCACGCAGCGAGUAACAACUGCGUCAGAGCUCAUCACUCAGCAGGACGGGUAUCCGGGCUACGACUGGCUGGCCUCCACAGUGUUUCUCAUCAUGGCGGGGAACAUGGACCGCUCUCUAAAGCUGUUGCUCAACCUGUCCUCUCUGCUCACUUCUGCAUUCAUCUGGCCAGCGAGGAUACAUGCCUCUAUCCAUGUUCCUGUGGAAGUAGCUGAGUCAGGAAUCUCUCCUAUGUACUGGUGUACUGCUCACUACGUGGAGAUGCUGCUGAAAGCUGAAGUUCCUCUGGUUCACUCCGCCUUCAGGAUGUCUGGUUUCACCCCGUCACAGAUGUGCCUGCACUGGUUGACUCAGUGUUUCUGGAACUACCUGGACUGGACCGAGAUCUGCCACUACGUUUCCACCUGUGUGCUGAUGGGUCCGGACUACCAGGUGUACAUGUGUGUGGCCGUCUUCACACACCUGCAGCCAGACAUCCUGCAGCGCACUCAGUCCCAGCAGCUGCAGGUCUACCUCAAGGAGGAGCCAGUCCAGGGCUUUAAGGUCAGCGACUACAUGGAGCUGAUGGAGGGACUGGAGCAAAGAUACAGAAACAUCGUCCUCACCGACAUGAAAACCAUCCGCAACCCUGUGGCGUAGGAGAAGCUUUCUGUGUUACUACAGGACGUUUUUAAAGUGGCUGUUUGACCACUUAAAGUACAUUAAUGAUAGCUUGUUUAAGAGGCAGUAAAUACCUGGAUGUCUUGUGGUGGAAACUGAAGCUGUGUUUCUCAAAAGUACCUUAAAAGCACAUAUGCAGUAUUAAAGCACAGAGAAAAGACCAACAUGCCUAAUGUUUAUAAAAGUCUCUCUUCACAACAACACUGCAAAGAGAAGUGGGGUCCAUAACUCAGGUUUGCUACAUAAAGUGAAAGGAUGUUUGUUUUCUUAGCUUCUGUUAUUGACAACAAAUUAUGAAAAGACAGAAACCAACGGUAUAUUCAUUUUAUUGACGUUCUUCUUUUGCAGUAGAAUAUAAAAUGUGGAAGAAUCCGCUGCUGAAAAUAGUCCCAAACAAAAGCAGUAUUUACUCCUGUUUGAGAAACGUUUCCAAACAACUUCUGCAGCUGUUCAAGGUUAUUACUGAACCUGUUUGACCUGUUUGUAUGCCAAAGGGUGAGGCUCGAAGAGUAUCGAGAGACGAGACUAAUUCGUUUUUUGGGAUGAUCUUUUCAUUGGAUUUGCAUAUUGGAUACCACCAGCCUAAUCCUUUAUGGAGUCAAAUGUUGAAGAAUACAUGAUUUCUUGCAACAACUUGAACAGAUUCUCAGAUAAACCUCUAAGUUGUACCUCUAAAAAGCGACUGUACAUGAUGUAGAUAUGUGAGCACCAUGGAAAACAGUUUGAAAGAUCUAACAAUUACAUCUAGAAAAUGUUCUUCUGUAUUUAUUCUUCCCUGCAAUGUAAAUAUCUCAGACCUUUUGUAUGUGUUCUGCGAGAUGCUCCUGUUCCAAGUGUUACAAUUAAAAAU